CCCGUACGGGUAACGGGUACCCAUUAACCCAUACGGAAUCAGGACAUGAGAUGAAAUUUCCUCUAUAAAUGGGAUUAAGUACCCAUUUCAAAAGGAUGAAACGGGACGGGUAUCCGUCCCGUUGCCCACCCCUAGUCCAGCCCGUUGUCGAACAGUGAGUGUUUACUUGGGUUUAAAAUUGUUGGGCCUUGAUUUCUAUGAGGCCCUGAAAACUCGGGGAUUAAAAUCAAUGGAUUGGACGGGUCCAUUCUAAGCUCGCUACGGAAAAUGGCGGUUCCGUACACCGGUUCUCUGCUCCCUCAUCCUCCUCCACUAGCCUUCUCUCCCGCCAAAUCUCCACCCUCCCGCAGCCCUCCUAUCCAAAUAUGGCGCUUCCUUUCUCAAUCCCCCUUCGGCGCCCGUCCUUCUUCAAUAGUAUCUUGCUCCAGAAACCUCGUCGGAGCCACCACUCCGCUCCAGAAGUACGUUUACCCUGACCCAGAUCCCGAUUUCGCCAAAAGGGAGACCCAGAAGUUCCGGAGCGAGCUGAUGAAGAAACUGGUGAAGGAGAAGCAAACAUUCUGCGACGAGGUUGAACAAGUCGUGGAUGUUUGCGCCGAGAUAUUCAGUGAGUUCUUGCACAAUGAGUAUGGAGGGCCUGGGACAUUAUUGGUGGAGCCAUUUACAGAUAUGUUAGUAGCUCUCAAGGACAAGAAAUUGGCAGGAGCGGGAGCAGCCAUGGCAGCAAGAGCUGCUCUUCUGUGGGCUCAAAAUCAUGUGGAUCAGGAUUGGCAAGUUUGGAACUCAUCAAACCCACCUCCCCAUCGCCAUUAACGCGCACAUUGAUUAACCUUCCAUCUGUCUUCUCUUUUUUUUUUUUUCCCCCGAUUCCCUCUCUUGGGUGAAUCUGUGUCAUCGAUGGUACUACUAUUCCUACUUCACACGUAACAGGCAGGGUAAAAAUAUAUAUGUACUUUGCAAAAGAACACGGGUAAGUAAGUACUGUGUCAGAAUCCAUUCCUUUUUCUUUUCUCUACUUUUCCCCCUUCUUUUCUUUUUGCUUUCUCUCGUGGCUGGCUGUACAGGAAGAAAGGAGGGGGAAAGGUAGCUCUUUCCGUCAAGUAACAGGAAAUCCAUCUAUAUUGUUUAGGGAGGAAGGUGGAGAGACUCCUUUUUCUCCUUAUAAACAUUCCUUUAUAAC